UAACUCAAAGAGAACAAAAGGAGGAUUUUCAGCUGGGGAAUAUCCAACGGACAGGUCAACCGGAACCGAAAACACUAGAGGGGGUUCAAAGUGGUGAGUUCAAGGUCUGUGGGAAUUUUCAGGUCUAAGCUUAAAUCAAGGCAGGGAAGGACUCACAGAAGUAGACUUGAGGUUGCUCCUUGAUUCCUGUUUAUGGACAAUUUACAGACUUUGUGAUACUUGGCUGGAGGGCAGACAGGUAGUGGUCGAGAGGAGCAGAGGAGUGGAAUGUCAACAAGUUUUCCUGAAGUGGACAGCUAACAGGAGCGGUGAAUGUUUUCCUUGAAUCUCAGGGAGACAAAUGAUUCCUUCCAAUGCUUGAAGGACCAGGCUUAUCCACUAGAUCAGGAAGUUAUUCUGCCAGAGACCACAAAGGAGGCAAAGGAUUAGAACCCUAGGCAAAGAGAGACAAAAACUCAGAAGGUUAGACACAGCUAAUCUCAGUGAGGCUAGAGUACCCAAUACUGGCAAACACUCUGGCGUCGAGGUGGGGACAGUCCAAUGCUCAUAUACUCCUCUGGUGCUGACCCAACGAGUCGCAGGUGUGGGUGGAAAACCAGAAGAGGCCCUCCAGGCCAACAGGGGAAAAGGGCACCAUCUAGUGGAUGGAUGGAGACAAAAAAGGAAAACACAAAACAUCUCCCACAAACAGAAACCCUAACAGUCUGCUCUUUAGACCCCUACAAUAGCUCUGAAUGAUAACUAAAAGUUAGAUUGAGAACCUACAAAUCCCAUAUUAUAACAAAUACCAUUCUCAGAAGCUUAAGUGGGUUUCUAAAAGAGUAUUUCCUUUACAUGUUCAUAAGCGAAUGACAUCAAAAUAACCAGAGAUUUGCUUUUAGAUCUAUUUUCCUGUCACUGAUUAAGAAAUUGUUUUCAUUUUACAUUAAAUAAUAUGCUAUAGAAGAAACUCUCUGCUUCACCUUUAUGAAACUUUUCAUGGUUUUUUUCCCAUAUUUUAAAGACUAAAAUACAAAAGAAUGCAGGUUGUUUGAAAUACCAACAUAUUAGCUACAGCAGAUAUUAAAAUGUAAAAUGGUUUUAAGUGAGGUUUGAUGUCAGUUGGCCACUAGGUGGCAGCAAUGAGUCGCUGAUGAAGUUUCAGCCUAGUUGGAUGAAUCAAACUCCUUGACGCAUCCGCUUUGCCUUUUAACAGCUUUAGACUCGCGAUAUUUAAUAAUUUUAUAUUAGUUAUAAGUAAAAACUAUUAUUUAUGGGUGAUUUGAGUGUAAAUGGAGAAAUAAAAACUGUUCUCCUUUGCGCUUGGUUUAUCCACUCUGCGUCCUGCUCUCCAUCCUCACCCCACCCAUGCUCUCCAUGAGAGGCGGAGGGUGGAGCUGUCCGGACAGCAGCAGCUGCAGGCUGUCUGUCACUUUACAAGAUUCAAGAGGAGAUGAGAAGUUGGGAUGGCAGCAGUCCGUGGACCUCUGCGUGGGGAAAUAUGUCCAGAGUAAAUAAACGGCCCGAUGCUGACAGUAUGAGUGAAGCCAAUGAGAGCGCAUCUCUGAACAGGUCGGUGAGGCUGGAUCUGUUCAGCAACCUGGAGGACAUCGAUGUGAGCGCGGAUGGGAGUCCGAUCCUCAGGUUCCUCAUCUGCCUCGUCUACUCCGUGGUUUGCGCCGCGGGUCUGGUUGGCAACCUGCUGGUCCUGUUCUUCAUCAGGGUGAGACAGGAGCGCAGGAAGUCCAGGGUCAACUUCUUUGUGCUCAACCUGGCUGUGACGGACCUGCAGUUCGUCCUCACGCUGCCCUUCUGGGCCGUGGACACCGUCAUGGACUUCAGCUGGCCGUUCGGAGGCGCCAUGUGUAAGAUCAUCCUGUCGGUCACCGUCAUGAACAUGUACGCCAGCGUCUUCUUCCUCACCGCCAUGAGCGUGACGCGCUACUGGUCGCUGGCUUCGGCUCUGAACAACAGAACCGUGCGCAGGUCCUGCUCCGCUAAGUGGGUCUGCGCGCUGAUUUGGACCGUGGCGACCCUGGCCACCGCGCCCACCAUGAUUUUCUCCACAGUCACCAACGUGACCGGAGAGAAACUGUGUCUCCUGCGCUUCCCGGGCGGCCAGUACUGGUUAGCGGUUUACCACAUCCAGAAAAUAGUGGUAGGGUUUAUUCUACCCAUGUCCAUCGUCUCCAUCAGCUACUUCAUGCUGCUGCGCUUCAUCCGCAAGCGGAGCAUGAAAAGCAGCAACCCCAAGCGGAGGUCCCAGGUCACCAGGUCCAUCACGAUCGUCAUGUUGUCCUUCUUCUUCUGCUGGAUGCCGAACCACGCCGUCACUCUGUGGAGCGUCCUGGUCAAACUCAACUUUGUCAACUGGGACAGCGCGUAUUACAUCGCCCACACCUAUGUGUUCCCGAUCACCGUGUGCCUGGCCCACACCAACAGCUGCCUGAACCCGAUCAUUUACUGCCUCAUGAGGAAGGAGUUUAGGGACAAACUGCGGGAUCUGGUCCGCAGAUGAUAGUGGGGUUUUAAAGGCACCUGGAGCGAUUUAAUGACAUGCGUAAUGCGAUUGGCAAACAACCAAGGCGCACGGCUCUAAAGCGCAAAAUCGCAGCCCAUCCACCCCGCCUGUUGGCUUAAAUGUCGUCGCUCUAUAGAAAAAGAUUCUUCUGACUCAUUCCAAGCUGCAUGAAUGUUAAACCAUAAAGAAAUUCUCGCUUUGCUUGGUAAAUACGCGUCAUGUUUAGUCCAGGCGCUGUGCGUAAAUGCGCAUCACAAUCCUCUGCGUUUUUGUGCUUGUGUUUUAACUGGACCGAUUAUGUGUCCAGUAGCUUUCUGUGUUGAUCUGUGAAUGUUUUGAUGGUAAGUGCAUUAAAAGAAACUGGUGAAGCCAUGUACAAAAGGAUGCCAAACAGUGAUUCUUGUAAAUGGGCAGAAAAAUACCAUAUAUGUGCUAUUAGACUAUAGGCAGCUUUGAGUAAU